ACAAAAGAACUAUGCUAACAAUGGUUUGACUUUAAAUGGGUUUCCCUCUGUCUCAUUUUAAUGCAAAACAUAUGACAUAAUGUAUUGAGGUAAGUCAUAUGGUAUCUUCUAUAUCUAUGGUAUGAUAUAUUCUAUAUCUUUAAGAUCAUGCUAAAUGAUUUGUGUCUGCUUGCAUUUUAGUGCUUUCAAUAUGAAUUACUUAUCACAAAAACAAAAAUAUAAUUCCCAGAAAAUGUCUUUAUAUCGCAACACCUGAAUUUUUGCACAUUUGUCUCGACUUGCUUUCAUUUUCAGUGUGCACCAGACUUUCCAUGUCUUAUCUUAGACCUCCACAAAAUGGAGGGUUCAGGAAUUUCUUAGACUCAUAAACAGUUUGUCAUCUAACAGAGCAUACGGUAAAUGGCUUACUGUAUACAGAAUGAUGCAAUCACUUCUUCGCGUCACAUAAAUGCAUUCGUGCAUUUUUAUGACUUGGAAAAAACAAAUGAAUAAUUAUUUCAGCACAGCUCAGAUUUAACUAGUUCUUUUUAAACUAACGAUUUUAAAAUAUUUUGCUGUGCCAUUUCCUUAUUCGUCUUAACAUGGAGAGAAAACUGGCUCGAAACCGUAAACAUCACCUGACGAGCCUUUUCCCAGACUACCUGGAUGACGUCACCCUGCUGCCCCGCCUGCUGCUGAUAGCUGCUUCCAAAACGGGAGGCUUGUUGAACUUCGGUUCCUCAGAAACUUUGCACAAACAGUCGGUCACCACUGGAGAUUGGACCAACAACACAGUGAAGGAGGAAUAUAAGACAGCAUGGCAUCCAUUUCGACUGACCAGAAUACACAGCCCACCCCUCAGCUUCUGUCAGUCGGAGAAAAGGAUAAGAAACGACUGCUGGAGGUGUAUGUGACGCGAAGUCUCAGCCUUAACGAUGGAUCACAAUGUCCUCUGAGACAGGAGCAAAGAUCACACAAAUGGGUUGCCAUCUCAGAGCCGAAGACAAGACAUCGCAAACAUUCCAGCGAUACAUCUCUGAACUUGACUUCACAAGCCUCCAUCUCAGAUGAAGACAUUAGAUAUGAGCCCGUCGCUGAACCACAACUGGAUAAAAAGGAGAUGUUGUCUGAGAAGAAAUCCAAACAGUGGAUAAAUAAAGGGAGUCUACGCCGCAAUGAUAGUCCUAAUGCAUCGCAAAAGUCCAAUAGCAAACCCAAGUGGUUUCACCGUUUGGAUAAGGGCAAGGAGGGAGGUGGGCAAAGCAUUGAUGCUUUACCUUCCCAAACAAGUACAGUUACUCCUGCAGAUAUGCAUUUAAAUGUUCUAGAAAAUCCAGAGACUGCUACAGUGGAAAGGAAGGGCAAAGAAGGCAAGAAGACAAAGAAACCCACUCUAUGGAAAAGUUUCUUGAGCUUGUUUUCCAAAGGAAACAGUGAAAAAGAACAAGAUCAUCAGAGAAAUGAUGAACAGCUACCUCUUUCUCCCCCCUCAACACCCCAAAUCUCUUGUUUGCCUUUAGCUGACACCCUAUCAAAAAGUGAUGUCAACCUGCGCCGUUCAAAGUCUUCGAAAAAGAAAUUGUUGCACAGGAGAUCCUUAAAAUUCAGGCAAAGUGGAGAUAUGUCCACUGAAAAAUCUGUUGAGAAAGUGGAACCCACUGACUCGUACUAUGAGAAAAUGUCAGAGGAACUGGAGAAAAUUGUGCAUGAAGUGAAAGACAGUCCAGCAGAUGACAAUGCUGCUUUCCAAACAACAGACCGGAAUUGUGUGAAUGUUUCAAAAGAAGAAGUUAUAAAGAGAAUCACAGAACUUAUAAAACAGGAAGGAGACUUAAUACAUAAAAAGCUGCAAAAGAACAGCACCGUAAGCGAUUAUCUGGAUGGAUUCACCUAUGGAUUGUUCCAGCAAAUGGCUGAUCAAUAUGUGCAGUCAGAAGUUCCCAAUAAGAAAACCCAGCUGCCUGUCGUGGCACCAGAACUGGUGAAGUUCGCCUUCACUUUGGACUUCACAGCAAGAGUGGCAAAUCUACACCACCAAGCCACAGGCCAAAUCAUGGGCUUCGGGAACCAGUAUCUCCAAGAUCGCUUCACUCACAUGAGCGAGAGCCAUCCGCAUGUCUCUGACAUUAAAGCAGAGGAUCGGGAAAACACAGAACUCUGAGCAAGAAUUGCUUGUAGAAGCGUGAGCUUCUAGUUGACAUAAUUUUACUGACGGGUUUAUUUGAAAUGUAGCAACACAAAACAAGCCAUAAUGAAGGCUUUUAAAAGAUCAUUAAAAAAAUUAUAAAUUAAUGUGAAAUGGUAUGUAGUUUUACUUCAUUAAAAACCCUGAAUGAAGUAAGAGAAAUCUAAAUAUUAAUUUAUUUUUGACAAAUUAUGAUGUAUUUGCACCACUGCAAGCAUUAUUUUAUAAUAUAUGUUGUAACUGUAUAUGCAGGCAUAUGCAGAAUGUUUACUUAAUAAAUAUUAAAUAUAUUGAAUAAAAAAUGUUUU